GUCGCUACUUUUUGGCGCGCCGUAYGGCGCGGUAAUAAUUAAAAKCUGUACCGGUAGUUGGAGUUUCUGGGAUAAUGGUCCUUUUCGAGGUGAUGCUGUUGCUGAACGAGAAUUGAAMGAAGUCUUCGUUAUGGUUGCAWUGGUCAAAAAGUACAUUCAACUAAUUAGUGGAAGAAGCAGGAAUGUUUAGAAAAUCACGCCGGACAGCCACAACUACAUAUCGUCGCCGUCGGUUGACUUGGGAUGAAACAACGCCAUCUGUCGCUACCCACGAUGACCACGACGAAAUGAACAAUAGCAUUCUCACCGGCAAGGUACUCCAAAAGGGAAAGAAAGAACGUCGAUUGGUGACACCCUCGCCAAACGCCGCAUCUACGCUUGUGCAAUGUGACGAAGGUGGCAGGUCACAACAUUCCCAAUCCAACAAGUCACCGGCAAUAAAACAAUUAUUUGCCAAGAAGAGAUUGUCACGAAACAAACGAACAGCUAGGUUGACUGAUGGGGSUACUUCUGUAUCUCCCUCUCCGGGGCAGUCUUGUGCGAACGAUUCUCAAAAUUUCCUGUUCCCCUUCUCAAAAACCGAUGAUAUAGCGACGUCGUCAACUGGAACUCAAAAUGGYGGCAGCAGUAUCCAUCGAAAACGGGGCUCCAAAAGAAGGAUGCGAGACAGAAAGCCAUUGCAUCUUGCUACAAAGAGCGCUGCAUCUUUUAGGAAAUCGAAGAGUCGUCUCCGACACAAAUAUACUACAGGUGAUUCGUUGGCAAGUCUUGUAUCGCAAAUGAUCACACAUCCUUCAAAACGUUCUACCCCAACUAAGAGCAAUGGUGAACGCCGGAUACAAGCGCAACGCCAUCCGGUCCAUCUCUCAAAGAUGGGGGAUGGCACUACAAAACAGGAGAAGGAUAUGAAUGCUUCGAAGAAUAUGAAGACGCAAUGCGACACGUUUGAAGAGAGAACUUCGGAGACGACAAAAAAGAGGUGCAGAGAAAAAAGUGGAAAGAAGAACGGAACAUCCGUCCCGGUCAAAUUCAUUCCCCUAUUGGCAUCACUAGCGACCCCUAGUAUAAAAAUGGCAAGAGCUCGCUCCACUUCCGAGAUUCUCAACGAGUUUCACCGAAAAAAAGAAGAUUUUAAGUUGACCUUUUCAUCGAGGCGUGUCACGAGAAGUGAUAGGCUUUCCUACGCUAACCAUAAUUCGAGAAAGAGGCUUCCCCGUGCUUGUAAGAAUACGAGAAACUCGAGAAAGAUGCUUCCCCGUGCCUGUAAAAAUAAGAGAAACGCCAACCUUCAGAAAGAAUUCUUGACGCACGAAGACAUCGAAAAAGAACUUGAACUAGAUAGUGAUGACGGGGACGAAGCCGACGAUGAUUCUGAAGACGAAGAAUGGGUUGAAGGCAGAUGCAGAGCUAAGGUUCCUUCCUCUAYCGAUGUAACUCCGAUAUGUGUAAAUAUUUCUCCGCCCGAGAGCAGGUUAAAGCCAAGACCGAGAAAACUAUUUUCCUUAUCUUCGGAUCAGAACAGAGCCGGAGGCUUGACCUUUCCUGUCAUUGAUAAUGAGACAGAAAUGUUGCCACGUAGUCCAAAAAAGCGACGAUGCGGUAGCGAUCACAACCUCGACAGUUCACUACACCAGGAUGUGGAUAUUGUAUCACAAAAAGMCCAUAGAUCAAAAAGCUCUGGUGCAAUGCUAAGCGAACGCAGCUCUGGCGAAGACAUCAAUCCUAACCAGCGAUUGGUGAAGGAAAAAAGGAGCAGAGUACAUGGGGGAAAGUUGCAACCUGAUGAUUUUCGAGAACUAAAGUCCUAUAAAGACUCACUGUAUCGAGAACGAACAGAUCGAAGAUUCCAAGUGCAUGAUGCCGGCGACAUCGGUACACCAAAAUCCAGAAUAUCGUCAUCUGGUAGUAGGACUGAUGCUGACGCGUUGCGAGUAAAAGAUUCACACCUUCAGUUGGUGUCACCAAGUAGGUCGUCAUCGAGUCAACGCGCGCAGCGUAAGCGUCACAAAAAAUUCUCCAUGGAGGAGUAUUCCGUUCAUUCCAGUCAGUCUAGAAGCAAAAARUCUGAGAUUCGGCCCGUUGUUGACGAGAUUCAGAACUCUCCAAUUCGGCCCUCUAUAAGUUUGGAAGAUUACAAUAGUGAUGCAAGAGUCGCUCGUAAGAAGGCUUCGAACAAUUCGAGGGAGUCGAUAAGGAAGACUAAACACAACAAAUUGCAAAGCGAUCACAAAUUUUCACCGAGUGAAAUAUCUAUUAAGAAUAAUGAAGAAGCCGGAAACAUGUCCUCUCGUAUCGGUACCAGCUUCAUCGGAUCUAGCUCACCUCGAAGACAUUCAACAGAAGAACAUAUCACAUUACGGCAGCAAGAAACGAAUGCCACAGCUUCGAAAAAACGAGUUCGAUUUGAUAGUUCGACCACAACCUUCUCGGUGAAAAUAAAAAUAAAGACAAACCUCAAUGCCAGGGGACAUAAGAGAGGCGGACGCAGCAAUGGUCAAUCCAUCGCACUUCCAUCCUCACUGGAUGAAUCUGCCGUCCAGGCGAUUGCAAAUCAGGUGACACAGGCCUGCUUGUCGCAAGCGACGACCAAUAUGGAACCAGAUAAUUGCAGMGGUUUUUCUCGCAGAGGUCGUGAUAUAGACGUCAAUUUUGAUGUCAAUAAUGACAAUUUGUCCACUAGUCAUUCGUCAGAAGGGACAUCGAACAGCAAUCAAAGUGGCAAUGCCAACGAACAGAUUGAAGAAGAGAAGAGGAAUAAAACAUACAGCGACAGUGUCUCAGAGAUGGAUCCACAUCUUGUCGAAGCCCGAAGUACAAAUUGCGACUUCUCGCGCAGAGAUUCCAAUGAUGCGAGAUCUGUCACCAGCGAGCUAACAAGCGACUGGAACAGACCUUCUAGGUUUGAUCAUCAUCAAAUCUACAGAAAAUCGAACAGUGAUUUUGUUGCAAGCGAUAGCCAUGGUUCACAAAAUAAUUUCGAUGAUGAUUUCCGGGGCCAAAGCGACGUGGAAAAUAUCAAAUCUACGGAUCAUGAUCAAGACUACACGGGGACAUCUAUACCAAAUAAAAAACGAUCACCUCGUGGUGUCUCAAACUAUGGUAGAAACGGCGACAUGAGAUCUUGUUCAUCUACAAGUCGACGACAGCGCAUUUGGGGAUGUAGUGAUUCUUUGGCUGGGUCUGGAUUCGAGUCCAAGGUGUCAGGAACUGAAGGAUCUGUUUCUUUUCAACUUCCGAGAGAAGUCUCAUUGCAAAAUUCUAGUCUGCGACCUAAGGGCUUGUUCUCCUCGAACUUUCGGUCGGAUAAAAGGAAGUACGCAUCAGUUUGCAAUGAAGACGACGAUGAAAGCAUGAAAAAGGAAACGAUAAAGAGUUCGAGGAGUGAUUAUCUUUUGAGCACUCCCAAUCCUAGAUCGAAUUCUCGUGUUGUUCCUUUUGCACCAACCUAUCGCUGUGGGAUGUGCAAAGGAUGCCGACGAACUUUGGAUUGUCAAACAUGCGAUGUCUGCCUCCAAAAGCUGCAAUACUACGGAUCUCAACUAUCGCCAACGGAGGACAUCUGUUCUCCGUGUUUGUUGCGACGCUGCCAGCGGACAUGUCGCGUUGGUUGUGUCGAUUCAUUGCUUGGCCUAAAACCUUCGCCGAAUUCAACUUCCGCAAACCAAAAAGAAAAACAUUGUACUGAUAAGUUGGCCGACACAUCUAAUAUGCAGGUUUUCUAUUCUAAAGAUCCUGUGGCUACYAAAAGCUCAACUUUGGSACCAUCUCCAAAGCCUGCUUCUAGAAACACAAAAGCACCAUGGGAAGAGGGGGACGACUGGACGGUCGACUAUUCSUACUUGAGCGAGCCUGAAUAUCGUCAGAGUUGGAGUAUUGCUUCAAAUAACUCAGGAAGACACAAAGUGCAUUCCUCCACGAGAAGUUUGCCAGCGCAUUCGGGUUGGUUGACUUCCCAUCAGAAGCGACCAAUGAUGAGGUUUGGCGAUAGGGUGCGCACAAGUCUCUCAUCGAUUUCUGAAUCGAUCCCAUCAAAGGAAAAGUCCAAGCAGAUGCCUUCUUCRCUUUCUACAUCAGCGAAWAAAUUGGGGAAAAAGAGAGGAAAAGGAAGAGGAGAAAAAAGAAAGCGGGACCAUCUGCAUGGACUUGCCCUUCCGAGCACUUCCAUGGAUGGAUGCUCUGUUACCUCUUGGAGAGAAAAUCGAAAGUGCUUACGUGCCUUGAUGGAAUAUGACGAAGCAGACCAAGAWUGGGKUUAGAAUAAGAAUAUUUGUACGCUGAUACUCGAAGGCAGCAACAUGUCAGGGGAAAUGGGUUAAGAAAAUAGUGCCUCCAAUAAGGGUUUUUGUGUUCUUUAUGAAUAAUUUUACUUUUUUCUUUUCCUUAUUCAUYGCGAGUACUUCUUCCUAAUUAUUUAGGAUGAUAUUAUUGCCAUUUGAUAGCAUUUGCCUAUUCUCAUCACCAUCUGAAUGGAGAAUGAUUCCUGCUGAAAUGCACAAUCAAUYGGUAGGAAUCACCAGAGUUAGUGUUCGGAGAGUGAUACUAUCAUCCUAAAGAUAAAACUAGUACAUGCAAGUUGGCACGGACGAGUUCAGUACUACUACUAAGUGCCUUUUUGCACUGAUACUUGUAGUAUGCAAUCUGUGAUGCUCARUUUUCAAAUUACUAGUAGCUUCAAUCUUGAAAUCUUGAAAAUUUCUUGUGUUUAACAAACAAUACUUACCACCUUCGUUGAUACAGCACCAUCGAACAAGAGUACUUACCAGGUACGGUACAUACGAUGCGAUUUUCGUACCAAUUGGUGUGGUGCGGUGAAGCGUUUUUCGCAACUCACCUGCAGCCACAGUACAGUACUUAGUUAAAAAGAUCCCUACGCACAGUACGAGAACURCGCCCCCCAACGUAGAAGUGACCUUGAUCAAACCGUCAACACGUCACCAAAAAGCUGGGCCACAAGAUGGUUUCUAACCGAAAACGAAAAGACAUCAGAAAAAAAAACUGGUAUCAGUACGGAAAACAGCGGAGUAAAACUGAAUUCUGAAUCCAUAGGACACACUCCGGCUGAUUCCGACGAUAUCUUUGACAUGCGAAUUAUCUACAAUUCCAUGACAUGAUAGUCUUCAACUAUGCCACCUCCACCACCUCCAUCGAAGUCAUACCUCUUAGUCCUGGAUUCGGAUUCAUCAUCGGACGAAUCGGAGGAUGAAAGCUACUUUCAGCAGCAAUACAACAGGACAUUUGAAAACAUAAAUACGGUYGCUCCUCCUCAAGUUCUGGAUACGAAGAACAAUAUUAAUGGAAGGGUCAAUAAUGAUUUUUCCAGUCUAUCAUUGGUCGACGAAAGCAAGAACGACCAAAACCAGCAAGACAGCAGCAGUACAAAGCUAACUAAGAAUCAAAAGAAAAAUCAAAAAAAGAGACUUCAACGAAAGAAAAAGAAAAAGGCCGCUAAGCAGAAGGAAGCGAACACCCUCAAAGGGGUGUCUUUUUCUGACGUCUCAAUACGAGAAUUCCCUAGGGCUUUCAGCACGGAUACAGUACCAGCGCAUGGUGGAUGGCCGUUAGGAAUGAAACUUGAAGGUCACGAAGACCUUGACCAAAUUCCACUAGACGAAUAUGAAACGAGCAAACAAAAACGAUUGCAUGAGCGAUGGACUACCAUGUUAUCUGCGAGAGACAAGAAAGUGCCUGGAUCACCGAAGUCUCCGUCGAAAAAGUCUUCGCCUUCGUCGAAGAAGAAAAGCGAUCCUGUCGCACCUUUUGAUGAGAAAGUUAUCCAAAUGGUCGGUGCAGGCGCUGCAUGCGGCGAAAGUUGCAGUGAGGAGAAUUGCAAUGUUGUGUACGAGACUCGCCAGUGGGACUACAAAUCACGGAUUAAAAACCCGAUUUUUCGAUCUGUUUCCGAAGACGAGCGCCACGCAAUUUUUCUCGACGCUAGUGAGUUCACGUGUAGUGAGAUCCAAAAACAUGUCAACAACAGCAACAGCGUUCGAAGAGCGCGCUCAAAUUCGAUCGGUAAUCAUAACCAUAACAGCAACAACAACAGGCGGUCACGUUCCAAUUCUGUAGGCAACCACGACCUGGGGAACAGCAUGAAGGGGAAGUUUAAUGAGGAAUACAAUCAAGCAAUGGUCCAUCAUGUUCGCAACGAACUCGAGCAAAUACGAUUCGAACGCAAUAAAUCCGGUGCCACGGGAUGUAACUGUCGCAAACUAGUCGUCUACCUUCCGCCAUCAGACGGAAGUGGCGGGAAAAAAGCUCAGCAUCGACGUCUGAAACCUAGCAAGCUCGUUCAAGAACUCAAGAAAAGGAACCUCUAUGAUUCAAAAGUUGCCUCAUCAUCUAGGGAACAAAUGGAAAAGAUUUUGCACAAGGCUGUCGAAAAAGAACCUUGCUGCAAGGACGCGGAUUGYUUUUGUGUUCGAAACGGAAUCAACUGUCAGGCCGAUGCUUGUUCGUGUUGGCAUGACUCCCAUGUUCAUCCGAAACACAGUAGCGGCAGCGACGGCCGCGGUCUGACCAACGACGACAUUCGAACGCGGUGCGGCAAUCCUUUGGGAACCUACCUGGUGGAAACGGAGGCAAUCGAAGCCUAUCGAACAAACAUCUUAAAGGCACAAAAWCUGCAGAUGGAAUAAUGGAUAUWURGGCGGCAUCAAUUGCAUCAACUCACAGGCCCUCGGUUCGUGGUAWMCCUGGUCUCCUUAMAAGAAUACAAGUGCGCCCGUACUGAGUAAAUUCAAAAUGAUKUC